AUGUUACAGCUUCACAUAGUACCGAAAACACGAGUUGUGAAACUUGCUUCACCGGCCUUCUACUACAAGGGUGGAAUAGACACAAAAAAUAAGGGACCAAAAGGAAAAGAUGGCAGUUAUCAGCUAUACAUGAAUGGAUAUGUAAGUGCCUCGAAUAUUAUCCCGCAGUGGAAUAAAGGAGGUCAAUUAUGUCCACUGACAGAGGCAGAAGUUGAACGAUUCAAGUACCUAUUCCAAAAAUUGUGCGUUCUCGACUACGUUAUUCGCAAUACAGAUCGACAUAUGGAAAACUGGCUCAUUAAGUAUGAGCCAGGUAAAGUAUUGGAACUUGCUGCUAUCGAUAAUGGUUUGGCAUUUCCAGUGAAACAUCCCGAAACAUCCAGUCGUUUACGACAAUUUCCGUUUGCUUGGGCGCAGUUGUCAUGGGCUAAUUAUCCAUGGAACGAAGAAUUAAGAACAUUUCUACUUCAACUGUUAACACCGCAAUUUGUACAAAGCUUAUGUGACGAUAUUGCCACUUUAUUCAAGUAUGACCGUAACGUGAAUCGCUUUUUGAAGUAUAGUCAAUUGCGGGUACUCAGAGGCCAGAUUUGGAACUUACGGUUAGCAUUAAUUAUGAAAGAGUCACCGGCAGAAAUGGUAAAACGGCCGUUGGUUCUUGUUUCGCGGCGUUAUCGUCGCUAUCCACCCAAUGAUGAUUGGAAUCGAGCAUUUCGAGUUAAACCAGCUGAUUUUGGUAAACGAAGAUGUUGUUAA